GCGCACUAUUUCCAUCUUUAUGUCACUUAGAUCUAGAAAUUGUCAUGUAUCAUUACAUACUGAUUACUCGGUAGGUAAGUUCUGGUAUUCAUUGAUGUGACCAGAGGUAUGCAAGGCUCAGUUACGAACGUAAAUUCCUGAGUUUGUCAUUGAGACGUCCAAAGUAAUGAACUGUGUUAUUAGAAGCCAUGUGGCUUCACUACUUCCCAGGGUUUUCAUUACAAGACUAAAUUCACGUGGAUUUUUAACAAUUAGAAGGACAGAAGAAAAUAAGACAGUUACCCAAAGUUAUUCCGUACUGUUCACACGAAAUAGCCAGAGGAGCCUUACUUCCACACUUAAUGAUCCAGAAUCUCUGUCUUGGGAAGAUUAUGAGGAUAUCGCGGAACUUUUACAUGAAGAAUAUCCAUCCACAAAUCCACUGAGUUUGAGAUUUACUGAGCUACAUGAUAAUGUAGAAAAUGUAGUACUAGCGUCAUCUUCCAGGCCGAUUACCGGAAAAUGCUCUGAAGGAGCUCUAGAAAAAAUUCAAAUGGCAUGGCUCGAACUUCACGAGAGUGAUAAUUCCUGACCUGAUGAAUUCUCAUAGAGUCACACAUAUCUUCAACUUUCUUAUGGGAUG